GGGCCGCAUGUAAUUGCGCUCGACUGGCUAUAAUAGUUUCUAGCACGGUGUCGCGGACGGGAAGCAUUAGCUGGCACACAUCAAGAGCCCGUUUCGCCUGGUGACCGUGUCGAGAAGAAGGCGCGCCAGCAUCCAGCUUCUGCAACAGCGACGGCCGACAAUGAGUGACUGUCGCCACCUCCUCGAUCGACGACUUGAAACCUUCAAUCAACCAACAAGGAAGACUAAAACACUGGUCGCGAUUGCGGUGGUCCAAGGACAACCAGAAGAGUCGACCACUGCCGCCAGAGAGGGUCAGGAACAGCCGUCCGCCACCAACCCGGCUGUGAGAACAUUGGUGGCGGCGUCGUACGCGGAAGAAGACGAGGAUACCAUUUGUGUCCAGGCAGACAACAAGUUCUACUUGUAUGCUAAUUCACUGAAGCUGUAUUCUUGCUACAACCUGCUACCGAAGGUUUACGUGGUGAAACCAAAGAGUCUAUGUAAACCAACCCUGUCAGACUGUCCCAAGAACUAGAAGCAUUGCAAGUCUGUCGGCUCAUCCUGCAGGAGCUAACUAGUCUGUGAUUGAGUGAAGACCAGAUGGCUGGACUGCUUACUGAAGACAUCUACAAUUUCCAGAGAACGCCAGAAAUUCCAACAGCGUCAGAACUUACCUCUUUUUCUAACAACAAAAACUGGUGGAAUCAACUAAACCUCCUUUAUGAUAGUUCCUAUGGCAAUAGAUCAGCUAUACAUUUGGAACUGACUGCAAAAUUUAGUAUUUAAAAACGUGGUUUUGCCUGUUUUUUGUCUUUCUGUUGGCCUUGUAAUAGUUGUAAUCUGACACAAUAAACUGUAGUUUCAUGUC